GAUAGCUACCUGAAAUAUCUCCAAGAGGCGCCGUCAGUCCCAUUUUAGGCGAGCCACCCUCAGUAUGCCAUCAGAGCUCCUGGGAGGAAAUAACAGCCAGAGCCUCCUUUGACUGGGCUUGAUGCUUCAUUUUCAAGGUCUGGUAACCUGAUUCAAAGUCAAAUGGAGUUGUUCCUGGUCUUCCUGAUAGUCCUCGGUGUGGCUGUGAAGGCGCACAAAGUUCAGAUCUGUCCCAAACGCUGUGUCUGCCAGGUGCUAAACCCUAACCUGGCAACGUUGUGCGACAAAAAAGGGUUGCUGUUUGUGCCCCCUAACAUCGACAGGCACACGGUGGAGAUGCGGCUCGGGGAUAACUUUGUAACCGGCGUUAAACGCAAAGACUUUGCCAACAUGACCAAGCUGGUGGACCUGACCCUCUCUCGCAACACCAUUGGGUCCAUUGCACCAUAUGCCUUCAAAGACCUGGAGAACCUCCGUGCCCUUCACCUGGACAGUAACCGGCUAACCCGCAUAACCAAUGACACCUUCAGUGGCAUGUCCAAACUGCACCACCUCAUUCUCAACAAUAAUCAGCUCACCCACAUCCACAGUGGGGCUUUCAAUGACCUAACAGCACUGGAAGAGCUGGACUUAUCUUACAACAACUUGGAAAGUGCCCCAUGGGUAGCCAUUCAGCGGAUGUCCAACCUCCAUACACUCAACUUAGACCACAACAUGCUCAGCUUGAUUCCAGAGGGCACAUUUUCCGGGCUGCAGAAGCUUAAGAGGCUGGAUGUAACCUCCAACAAGCUCCAGAAGCUCCCUCCUGACCCUGUUUUCCAAAGAGCUGGGGUCCUGGCAACCUCUGGGAUUAUGGGUCCCUCUUUGUUUGCGCUGAGCUUCGGUGGCAACCCACUGAGGUGCAACUGUGAGCUGCUUUGGCUGCGAAGGUUACAGAGGGAGGAUGAUCUGGAGACCUGUGCUUCCCCACAACACCUGGCUGGGCGUUAUUUCUGGACUGUUUCAGAGGAAGAGUUCUUGUGCGAGCCGCCGCUUAUCACCAGACACUCUCAGGAGCUGCACGCUUUAGAGGGCCAGAGUGUGACACUACGCUGCAAAGCCAGGGGCGACCCAGACCCCAUCAUCCACUGGAUUGCGCCAGACGGACGACUUAUGUCCAACUCUUCCAGAGCCGAGGUCCACACCGACGGCACACUGGAGAUCCUCAUCAGUACCGUCAAGGACUCAGGUUCCUUCACUUGCGUGGCUUCCAACCCAGCCGGAGAGGCCCACCAGAUGGUGGAUCUGCUCAUCACUAAACUCCCUCACAUCACCAACGACACAAUCGCGGAGCAGGAGCCCGACCCCGGCUCAUCAGAUAUUGCCACGGUGACCAAGACAGGGGCCGAGGCGGGAGGGGUGCCCUUGGGGAAUGCAAAGACCAGCCAGGAGAAGAAGGUGGUAAUCGCUGAGGCCACCUCUACCUCGGCCCUGGUCAAAUUCAACUUCCACAGAAGCAUUCCUGGAAUCCGUAUGUUUCAGAUCCAGUAUAAUGGCACCUAUGAUGACUCGUUGGUAUACAGAAUGAUCCCCCCGACUAGCAAGAACAUCCUGGUGAACAACCUGGCAGCUGGCACGCACUAUGAUUUGUGCGUCCUGGCCAUCUACGAUGACCAGGUGACCUCGCUGACCGCCACCAGGGUGAUAGGCUGCAUCCACUUCACCACCGAGCCGCAGUAUCUCAGGUGCCAUUUUAUGCAGUCCCAGUUCCUUGGCGGGACCAUUGUGGUCAUCAUAGGAGGGAUUAUCGUGGCGUCGGUGCUUGCUUUCAUCAUCUUCCUCAUUGUGCGUUACCGAGUGUGUAACCAAGGUGAAACAGACAAGGCACUGGAGAUGGGGGACAUCCGAUCGCUGAGCAGCGAUGGACAGCUACAGGGUUGUGGGAUCCCCAAGUCCCUCUCCAAAGAGGUUCUGCGUCCGGAGAAGAAUGACAAGGAAUGCCUCAGAAUUACCCUCCCACCUCCAGAGCCAACCAACCAACGACCUCCUAUCUCUGUACCCACCACAAAACCUUCUGUUCCGGACUGCACGGUUUCUACCUCUGCCGGCAGCCAUAGCUGGCACCCAGCCUCUCCAGGAGCACCAAGACCCAAGCGUUCAGGAGCUCCACCAAAAUCCUCGGAGGCCCGGCGAGCUGAAGCUCAGGCAGACGUUGAGCUCAACAACAUGAACCGCAAUAACUCCUCAGAGGUUAAAAUGGCCACUGCCACCGCUCUCCCAGGGCCUGGCCAAACCCAGAAAUGGACUGGUGCUCCAAGAGGCCCACGACCCCACCAAGGUUCCCGACAUUAUAUGACUGUGCCUGCAGGAGGGGUGAGAGUGAACCGCAGGCACUCGCUAAAUGCAGACUCAUACAGGGAGCGGUGCUAUGUGGCCUACCCCAAGGCCGGAGCCAGCCUGCGCUCCAAACGCAGCUUGUCGAUGAGUGGAGAGCUUCCGCAGCUUGAGAGCACAACAAACAUCCAUCGAGCCAGGGACAAACUAUCCAGGUCUGAGUGGCUGCUGGAGAGCACUUUAUGAUUUCGACUUCACAACCUGUGCAUUCUGGUUUUCCCAGAUUGGAUCAGACGUCUGAUGUGAAGCAUACUAAGAAUUUUCUGCCUUGUUUCGAGCUCCUCGCUGGGGGACAUGUGGAGGGCAGGCACACAGGGUCAUGGGAAAUGGUUCACAUUUGUUUUCUACCUUAUAACCCAUCAGAGUCCUCUUUAUAUCGACUUCAGAAAGGCACAGCAAUGUACAAAACAACACCAUGUAGAAAAAUGUUUAGUUGUGUGAGAUACCAUAUAUCUCAGUACAACCAUAAGUGUUCAUGUGGUUUUGAAUGCAGUAAUCUAAACAUACUGUAUAAUAAGGAGAGCAUCAUACAGGGGAUUGGGUUAAUAUACUGCCUGUUACCUGAGGUGACAGAAUCUCUGAAGACUUUGAACAUUUAGAUUUCUUGUCUUUUGACUCCACAAACAGAUGGUGACAUGUCUUAAUUACUUUUUUUGGUGGUUUUCAAGAGAUUAGGAAUGUGAUUUACAUCCCGCAGGUGCGGGAACAGAAUGUAGACAGCGCUCCAGCUCCUCAUCCCAACACUCCCAGAUCCAGCACAAUGCAGCAUUUCUUUUUCCUUUUUUCUUGUGGCACACGUAGACUCAGCCUAAUACUGCCCUCCGGUUUGAAUCGAUACAUUUUUAUCACAUAAUUACAUAAAGACUCCGCUCGGAUAGGAUUCCUGUCAUGACCGAUUCAAGCGGCAAUUUGAGUGAGCACCGGUGGCAUGACAGGUGCUGCAACUAAUCUGUUAUUACGUGUGGGUGAGAUCCAGAGGAACGGUUUCUUUCCAUAUUUUAUACUCGCAGACGUUUAUCUUGUCACGCCGACAACAACCGUUGUAAAUUAACUUGUCGAUGUAAGAGGAGAGAUAAUCACCAGGACGGGAGGCCGACCGCUCUUGAUUUUGCUGUUGUUUCUGUUUGAUGUUUACCAAUAUAAAUAAACCAGUGAUAAAAGAAA